AUGAAUGGUUCAAUUAAUACAUAUUCAAGUGAAGUAGACUUAAAGAUAUUAGAAGAAUUACGAGAUCCACAUUUGAUUAGUAGAUAUCCACCUUUAUAUCAAAGACGGCAAAAUCUUUUAAGUAUUAACAAUGAUAAUAAUAUAAUUACAAAAUCAAAAAGAAUGAAAAUUAUACAAAAUUCAACAAAUUCUAAUAACAUUUCAUCAUUUGAUUUAAAGAACAAAAUCGUAUUACCAAGUGAUUCUACUACUACUUCGGAAUUUCCAAAACGUAAAAAAUUCAAGAAUUUCUUCAAAAGUUUAUCAACUAAGCAGUCAAAAAAGAAUGAUACUGAGAAGUUACGAAGAUCAAUAAGUAAACCAUUUGUUCAGAAUAAACCAGAAGAAUCAAUAUGUUUCAAUGAUAAUUUAUUCUAUAAAAAUAGUAGUGCUAUUAAAAGUACAAAUAGUACGAUUCCAGGAAGAAGUUAUCACGGUUCAAGUGAAAUGUCAUCAAUAGUAAUACCACCAGUUGGAGAAAGAAUUUAUAAUUAUGAAAAAUAUAGUUCACCCGCCAUUCAUCCAAAUAUGAGAAAAUCUACAAAUCAUCGAUCAACUGAUUUUAUGAAAUAUGAUAUGAUGAAUCUUGAUGCAAAUGCGUUAUCACCAGUUUCUGACGAAGAUGUGGAUAUUAAAAAUUAUGAAACAUUUAUUCCAAACAUAUCUACUUUUAUUCCACCUCUUUCAUCAAGUGAUUCAAAUGAAACAUAUUAUAGUGUUGAAAAUUUAAAUAUUACUCAGGAUACUACUAAAAAAAUUGAAUCACCACCUACUAAAUCAAAUACUAUAAAUCAUAUAGUAUCACCAACAUACAAAAUGAGUAGUUAUAAAUCUCAACCAAUGACAUUACAAGGCUAUCAAUAUCCAACUAUUGAUGAAAGAUGGAUUCAUAGAAGAAGGUAAAUAUAUAUAAUUAUUUUGCAGUAAUUACUAUAUGCAGGUUCCAUAGACUUUUUAACCAAAGGGUAACAAAAAAUUAAAAUAGUAUUGGAAAGAUGAGUUCAAAUACACAAAUGAUAAAUCCAAGGAAAAGACUAUCUACAGGUUUAAGUGUGACUUCAAAAGUUUUUGUUAGAUCAAGAAAUGGUAGUGCUUUAAAAAUUGUUAGAGAACAUUAUCUUAGAAAUGAUAUACCAUGUUAUUCAUCCAGUUGUAAAAAAUGUCAAGACAUAAUUAAACCAGAUGCAAAUGGUAAUUUACCUAAAUUUAUAUUAUCCUCCGAUCCAGCAGCUACAAAAAAAGGUGAAAUACAUUAUUUAGUGCUAGAUACAAAUAUUGUUUUACAUGCAAUUGAUUUAUUAGAAAAUAAUCAAAUAUUUUAUGAUGUUAUUAUACCACAAAUUGUAUUGGAAGAGGUGAAAAAUAGAUCAUUCCCAAUAUAUCAAAGAUUAAGAAAUUUGGUGAAAAGCGAAGAUAAAAGAUUUAUAGUUUUCCAUAAUGAAUACAAUGAAUCAACUUAUAUUACAAGAGAUAGAAAUGAAACAAUUAAUGAUAGAAAUGAUAGAGCUAUUAGAAAAGUUGCAUCUUGGUAUCAAGAGCAUUUAAAAGAUUCAGGUAUAAAGAUAUUAUUUAUUUGUAAUGAUAGUGAAAACAAAAAGAAAGCAGAAGAAUUAGGUAUUGACGCAAGAUCAUUACCAGAUUAUAUAGAAGCUUUACCAAAUGCAGAUGAUCUAAGAGAUUUGAUUCCAAGUGAUAUUUCAAAUACACAAUUUGAAGAAGCUGAUGAAACUACAUUUCCAGAAUAUUAUUCAAAUGCAAGAAUUAUGGCUGGUAUUAAAAAUGGUACUUUAUAUCAAGGUAUGCUUAAUAUAUCGUCUUAUAAUUAUUUACAAGGAGAAGUGUCAGUACCAGCAUUUAAAAAACCAUUAUUAAUUCAAGGUUCUAAAAAUUUAAAUCGUGGUUUUAAUUCAGAUUCAGUUAUCGUUGAAUUAUUACCAAAAGAUAAAUGGAAAGAACCAUCAAGUACAAUUAUAGAAGAAGAAGCAAUAGGAGCUAAUGAUAAUGCAGAUGAUGGGGGUGACGAAGAUGAAGCAAUAACAACUGGUGUUGUAUCAGAUAAAGAAAGAAUAUUAUUAGCACAAGAAGCCAUGAAAGUAAAUAAUGCUAAAAGUUCAGAAAAACUACAACCUACAGCUAAAAUAGUGGGUAUAAUGAGAAGAUCAUGGAGAUAUUAUGUUGGCCAAAUUGCUCCAUCAUCUGUUAAUCUUGAUGAUAAUGGUCAAGCUACAAAGACAUGUUUUGUAAUAUUAAUGGAUAAAACUUUACCAAAGAUUAGAAUAAAAACAAGAAAAGCUAAAGAAUAUUUGGGUCAAAGAAUAGUAGUUGUAGUUGAUGCAUGGCCUACACACUCAAGAUAUCCAAAUGGACAUUUUGUUAGAACUUUGGGAGAUGUUGAAAGUGCAGAAGCAGAAACUGAGGCGUUAUUAUUAGAACAUGAUGUUGAAUAUAGACCAUUUUCCAAAAAUGUGUUGGAUUGUUUACCUAAAGAAGGUGAUAAUUGGGUUGUACCAGAUUUAAAAAAUACAGACGAUCCACAAUUGAAAAAAAGAGUUGAUCUUAGAGAUAAAUUAGUUUGUUCAAUUGAUCCACCAAAUUGUGUUGAUAUAGAUGAUGCUUUACAUGCUCAACGAUUACCAAAUGGAAAUUAUGAAGUUGGUGUUCAUAUUGCUGAUGUUACACAUUUUGUUAAAGCAAAUAGUUCAUUAGAUCAAGAAGGUGCUUCAAGAGGUACAUCAGUUUAUUUAGUUGAUAAAAGAAUUGAUAUGUUACCACAAUUGUUAGGUACUAAUUUAUGUUCCUUAAAACCAUUUGUUGAUAGAUUUGCAUUUAGUGUAAUUUGGGAAGUUGAUGACGAUGCAAAUAUUAUAAAUGUUAAAUUUAUGAAAUCAAUUAUAAAAUCAAGACAAGCUUUUUCAUAUGAAAAUGCACAAAAAAGAAUAGAUGAUGUAAGUCAACAAGAUGAUUUAACAAAUUCAAUGAGAAUAUUAUUAAAAUUAUCGAAAAAAUUAAAGCAAAGAAGAAUUGAUGCAGGAGCUUUAAAUUUAGCAUCUCCUGAAGUUAAAGUUCAUAUGGAUUCAGAAACUUCAGAUCCACAAGAAGUUGAAAUUAAAAAAUUACUCGAAACAAAUUCAUUGGUUGAAGAAUUUAUGUUGUUUGCAAAUAUAUCAGUUGCAAGAAAAAUUUAUGAAUCAUAUCCUCAAACUGCAAUGCUCAGAAGACAUGCAUCACCACCUUCUACAAAUUUUGAAAUGUUAAAUGAUAUGUUAAAUGUUCGAAAAAAUGGUAUGUCUAUAUCAUUGGAAAGUUCAAAAGCUUUGGCUGAUUCGUUAGAUAGAUGUGUUGAUGACAAAGAUCCAUAUUUCAAUACUUUGAUACGUAUAAUGUCAACAAGAUGUAUGAUGGCCGCAGAAUAUUUUUCAUCAGGUUCAUAUGGAUAUCCUGAAUUUAGACAUUAUGGGUUAGCCGUUGAUAUAUAUACACAUUUCACAUCACCAAUUAGAAGAUAUUGUGAUGUUGUUGCACAUAGACAAUUGGCAGGCGCAAUUGGUUAUGAAAAUUUAGAUUUAUCACAUCGUGAUAAAAAUAAAAUGGAAAUGAUUGUUAAAAAUAUAAAUAAACGUCAUAGAAAUGCUCAAUUUGCAGGUAGAUCAAGUAUAGAAUAUUAUGUUGGACAAGUUAUGAAAAAUUCAGAACUGGAACAAGAAGGUUAUAUAAUUAAAUGUUUUAAUAAUGGUAUAGUUGUUUUAGUACCGAAAUUUGGUGUUGAAGGUUUAAUUAAAAUUGAAACUAUGGGUGAUGUAAAUUCAGGUGAAUAUGAUGAAAAUAAAUAUGAAUUGACAUAUAAUGAUUUAAAUGGUAAUAAAAGAACUGUUGCCGUAUUUGAUAAAGUUAAAGUUGAUGUUAAAUCAAUUAAAGAUGAAGUUAGUGGUAAAAGAAAAGCACAAUUAGUACUCAAAUAA